CAAAAAUGUCGAGACAUCAAUAAUUUCUAUGUUAUAGGCGAUUCAGAAAAAGAGUGGAAACUUACAAUAUAUCGAAAUGACAUCAUAUUUAGUGCAAGCAGUUCACUGAACUCGUCAUAUUAAUUGAGGUGUACGUGUUGAAGACUUGAGGAAACGUAACGUGAGAUAUGCAUAUCACGAUCGACGAUGAGAUCGUGCUGCGGAAUUUUGUCGUGUGCGAAUUUUAUGGCGAGGAGACGUGCUUCUGUUGGAACGAGAAUAAGCUCGUCGUCUUUCCGUACACGAGAGGCAAUUUGGUUGUACAGGAUGUGCAAAUUCUGUCGAUGCCAAAACCCCUCAGGAAGAUCCAGAUCUUCGACGGUAGAGCCUUCUUCAUAUGCGCGCCACAAGGGGCUUACAAAUUGUCUCGUGCCGGCGAACUCGUCCUUCUGAGUAAAAAUGCCCUGGACAUGGGCAGCGAGUUCUUUCAGGUGCUGACCGCCACGAGCAACGGCGUGUACCUCGAUGACAAGCAGGUUACAUCAUCCACAUUGCUGUUUUCUGUUACGUCGAAUGCUGUGAGAGAGGUACGCGCCUUUUCUCUAAUUUUGGAGAGUACCGAGACACGAUUUGUAAACUGUUUCACUACCGAUUCGAAAAAAAAAGGGAACUUAUGCAUAAUCGCAUACGAUAGAAAGUUGUUCGCGUUAAAGAGAGACAAUAUCGUACAAUUAAUUUAUACUAGCGACCAUGCCAUCAAUGAUAUCGUGCCUGUAAAGAGACGAGACAAGGUAGCAGGUCUCUUACUUUUCAUAGAUAUGGAUAUGGUAGUCUUGGUACAUGAUAGAGAUUCUGAUCUAGUUUUUGAGAAGAUACAUUUGGGAAAGAAAAUGAGAAAUAUUUCCGCGUUCUGUGCCUGCUUCAGUAUUGAAAUGGAAAACGUUUUGUGGCUAAUGUAUUGUGAUCAAUCCAAAAUGUAUUAUAUAAGAAAGAAACUCUUUGCUGACAUAAUUCAGGAGAUAAGAGUGGAAGAGAGGACAUUUAGGUGUAUACAGUAUUACAAAUCAAAUAUAAUUUUAGGUCUAUCGCAAGAACAAGAAAUAAUCGAGUUUUCUCUUGAAGAACUGGAGAAUUCUUUAUCGCUCAAUAAUGAUGUCAAUCUUCAUAUUGAUAUGUUUCAGAGAACAGAACUUAUUAUGGAGAAAAUUUAUGCAAAAGUAAAGGAACUAAAUAUCCUCUAUGAGAACAUGAUGGAUGAACGAGACAAUUUGAGGAGAAUAAAUCUGUAUGUUUCCAAACAGAAACUUAAAGUAACUCCUCACAUUGAAGUAUCCAGAAUGUGUAAUUAUAAUUAUCUUGAAUUAAAUAUACCAAGCAAACUGCCUAGAAACAGUCAUAUGGUAUUUGCUAUUAAUUCUAAAAAUCAAAACAUAUUUUGCAUGAAGAAAAUUACAGAAACUGCAUUUACUUUAAAAAUGCCUAUUGAUGGAAGUAGAAUACUAUAUGCUUCAAACAUUAAUAUGGAUUUGAUUACAUGGAUGAAUAAACAACAGCCAUGGUGUCUUAUACAAAAUUUUAUAUAUUCUCCGCCACAAGAUCUCAAGAGAAAAAGAGGAGCAAAGAAAGAUAAAACUGCCUUCAUAGAUGCAAAAAUUACGUCACUGCAAAAAUUAAUAGCGGAAAAAGAUUUGAGCAUGACAAAAUUAAGCGAAAUAAAAAGAAUUAUACGAGCAGAAUUAUAAUUUUGCUUUUUAAUUAGAAAAGAUUUUGUGAUAUAUUUGUUGUUUAUAUAUGUUUCUGUUAUAUAAGAUUUAAGAGAUGUGUUUUACUUAAUUUUUCUUAUUGUAUAUCAGAGAAUAGAUUUUAAUUAUGUUUCACAUUAGUGUGAUAUUUUAUUACUUUAGGGAUUUGAUAAAUAACAUUAUUGGUUUUUAUCUGAUAAAAAAUUUUUUUUCCGUCUAUAUACUCUAUCUUUUUUAUGCAUAGAUAUAUGCAUUUUAUAUGCGCCUUUAUAUAUAUUCCUUUCAAUAAAAAAAUCAAUUUUAUCUAUCUAUAUUAUCACAGAAAUAAUUGUACACAUAUAUAUACAGAUACAUACAUAUAAGAUACUAAAAAUUUUAUUGUAAUUUUUAUAAUAUAAAAAUGUUUGAA